AUGACAAGCCUGCUAUCGAAAACCGCAAAGUCCGUCAUCGUCACGGGGGCAGCUUCUGGGCUCGGCAAGGCCAUCGCCACCGAGUUUCUGCGGCUCGGCUCCCACGUCACGCUCGUAGACAUCAAUGCCCACAGACUCAAGGCUACGAGCGAAGAACUGUCGGCGUACCAGAGUCACGUCACCGUCACGGCCGACAUCACAACCAAGUCCGACGUCCGGGCUGUGUUCCAACAGGCCGUCUCUAGUGCCGGUCAGGUAGACGCCCUGGUUAAUUGUGCGGGCAUCGUGGAUGACUUCCAAGGCGCAGGCGAGCUGGACACUGACCUCUGGAACCGCGUCGUGGCUGUCAACCUCACCGCCCCAUUUCUCCUCUCAGGUGAAGCUGUCAGAGAGUUUCUCCGCAAGAAAAAUGAGGGUGGCGCCACUGGGGGCAUCAUCAUCAAUAUUUCGUCGCUGGCCGGCUUGCGUGGGGGUUUCUCUGGAGCGGCCUACGCCGCUACCAAAUCAGGCCUGCUGGGGCUAACUAAGAACACGGCGGCGCUCUACGCGAAAAAAGGCAUACGCUGUAACGCUAUAUGCCCUGGCGGAAUGGCUACGAAUAUCAUGGAGAAAACGUCUCCCGACUUGUCCGGUAGUGCUUGGGGAUAUGUGAACAAGAUGAAUGAAAUUUGUCCCGGCCUUGUUGACGUGAACAAGCUCGGUCGUCUCGUGGCCUUCCUCUGUAGUGAGGAUGCCAUAAACAUCAACGGCGCUGUGAUUACGGUUGACAAUGGGUGGAAUGCAAUCUAA